AUGGAGGUUGAGUCAGGGACCAUAACCCUCCUCAGGUAUGCCCUGAACGUCGAGCUCGGAGUUACUGCUGCGACCGCUUUUGUGUUGGGGAUAAUCUUCCACCACAGUAUACGCCCAAUCGAGAUCGACAAUCGAGUAUGGACACUCCUUAUUCUUUUCUCUAGCUUCAAUGCCACGGCUUUCUUUGGCUAUGCCUUUGUCGGACAACAUGGGAUAUUGGCGGGAGCGCUCAGAGUUUUCAUCGUAGAUGGCGCCUUCCUCAUCGGCGUGUAUGGCAGUAUUGCUAUCUAUCGGUUGUUUUUCCACCGGCUGAGGAAAUUUCCUGGUCCCUGGGGCGCGAAGCUAUCUCGAUUUUGGGCUCUGAAAAGAUCCAUGAAGAAAGUCCAGUUCAAUUACGAAGUGGAGGCCUUGCACAAGCAGUACGGAGACUUCGUUCGGAUCGGUCCUCGCGAGAUCUCAAUCAAUCGUGCCUCUGCCAUUGAACUUGUUUAUGGACCUCCUUCCAAGUUGCCGAAGUCUCCCUGGUACAGCCAAGUAUCAGACGACAUCAACAAGACCUCCAUCAACUCGACACGCGAUAUGCACAUCCAACGACAAAGGCGACGGGCUUGGGACCGCGGCUUUAGCAUCAAAGCAAUCUCUACAUACGAGCCCCGCGUCAAAGCCAAAACAGAUCUCUUAUUGUCCCGGAUAGCUGCGUCAGGAGGUUCGCCGAUGAACAUCACUGAGUGGUCAAUGUUUUACACUUUUGAUGUCAUGGGCGACAUCGGGUUGAGCAAGGAUUUUGAAAUGCUUACCACCGGCCGUGAACACAAAGCCAUUAAAGGGCUGCAUGAUCAAAUGAUCACGAUCGGCACUCUUGGUACCCUCCCGUGGCUGCUGGCUUUUUGCAGUGCCAUUCCCGGAAUCGCCGGCACCUUUCAGGACUUUAUGGGAUACUGUCGAGAUCAGCUCGAAGAGAAGAAGAGGUCCACGGGCAAGGACCAAGAGCCUCGUGAUGUUAUUUCUUGGUUGAUCAAGGCCAAGUACGAGAACGACCAGUCCGCACCACCAUCAGAUUUUGCACUGAGCGAGGACACUCGCCUGAUCAUCAUUGCCGGAAGUGAUACCACCGCCGCCGCUCUCGCCAACACGUUUUUCUACCUGGCAAAGAAUCCGGCCGUGCAGCAAAAACUCCAGAAAGAGCUCGACACCAUAUUCCCGGGGGGUGAGAAAGAUUGGACGUACGAGAAGGCCAAGUUUGCGUACUUGGACAACAUCAUCAACGAAUCUUUGCGCCUCAAGCCUCUUGUACCUGGUGGCCUUCCUCGAAUCACGCCUCCGCAAGGGCUCCAGGUUGACGAGGUGUAUAUUCCCGGAGACACCGUCGUCGGCGUUCCCGUGCACACACUACAGCGAGAUGCCCGGUAUUUCGAGCGACCUUUGGAGUUUAUGCCCGAGAGAUGGGAACAAAUCAGCGCGGAAAAGGCGCCCUUUUUCCCGUUUUCAAAAGGUGCAUUCAGCUGCGUAGGGAAGCAACUUGCAAUGAUGGAACUUCGCAUGGUCCUGUCACGCGCUGCUCUGAGCUUCAACAUUGCGUUUGCCGAUGGGGAAGAUGGCGUCAAGUUCGACACUGACGUCCUCGACACGUUCACACUGACAUUGCCACCGCUGAAGCUGAAGUUCACCCCCAGGCAAGCCACAGCGAGAACUUGA